UUGUCUUCCCCUUUCUCCUGUGACGUGUCUCCUCGCACUGCUCAGCUCCAGGCAGCAGGAAAAGGACAGUCGUAAAUCCAGCACCGGCUCACCCAGCUCUCUGCCUCUCCUUCAGGUUUUGCACUUUGUUCCCAGUUCUGAAAUGAUGUCCUGGAAGGAGAAGAGUAUGAAUCCACCCCCGUGUUUCAUCCAGCACCUGGACCACCUUGUGUUGACUGUUAAGAGCAUUGAGGACACUGUUGCCUUUUAUUCCAAAGUCCUGGGCAUGGAGGUGGUGACUUUCAAGGGAAAUCGCAAAGCUUUACGUUUUGGCAACCAGAAGUUUAACCUGCAUGAAGUUGGGAAGGAGUUUGAACCUAAAGCUCGAUGCCCAGUCCCUGGCUCUGCAGAUAUCUGCCUUAUCACAGAGACAUCCCUGGACCAUCUCCUGGGUCAUCUGAAGGUUUGUGGAGUGAACAUUGAAGAAGGUCCCGUGGCCAGGACUGGUGCUGUGGGUCCAAUAACAUCUGUAUACUUCCGAGACCCUGAUGAGAAUCUGAUUGAAGUUUCUAGGUACAUCACAGAUAAGAGUGAAGCCAGUGGAAGGGAAUCCUAACCACGACCCAUUCUCUGCCCAAGUCCCAGUUGGAAGCCUGAUGCAGGUGUCAGCAUUAAUUUUGUAAACUUAGAACAAGGCUCAACUCCCAGCUAGAAACAUAGAACUGCAUGAGAGCUUUCUCAAGACAAGAUCAGCUCUGGCUUGCUGAGACCUUACCUCUGGAUAUGAAUCACUGAAUCACAGAAUCAUAGAAUCCUUAGAAUUGGAAGGGACCUCUGAAGGCCAUCUAGUCCAACUCCACAGCUAGAUCAGAUUGCCCAGGGCCUUACCCAGCCUCACUCUGAAAAUUUCUAGGCAUGGGGCAUCAACUACAUCACUAGACAACCUGUUGUAAUGCCUCACCGCCCUCACUGAAAAAUCUUUUUUCUUAUAUUUAACCUAAAUAUACCCUCCUACUUUUAUAAAUCAACAUCGGUUGAGAUUUCAUGUCUUUGCUAGAAGAUGCGUCCUUGCCUAUCUAGGAACUGAGGACUGAGAUCCAGUGUCUGACAUACAAAUUGCUCACAAGACUGAAGAUCUGUGUGUCAUACUCAACUUUGCAUUAAUACUUGAAAAGUGACAGAAUUCUGUUAAUCUGGGAUGGGAGAAAUUAGCAGUGAACUGGCUGCUGAUGGAGAGGAGGAUGUGUAACGCUAGACAUCUCAUUGCUGAUUUCUCCCAUCCCACAUGAACAGAAUCCUGUCACUUUUCAAGUCCCUGCAAAAUCUAGCUGAGGGAGAAAGAGGGUGCUAAGGGAACAGUGGUAUCAGGCAAAGAAAUUCUAAAUUGG